AUGGCCGAGCGAUCGGCGUCGCGCGAUUCUAAGGCCCCCAUGAACUUAUCCGGCGACGCUGACACUGACAAGUACAGUCGAGAUCCGUCGCCUGUGUUCCCGUUCCUUAACAACGACGAGACGGCCCAAGCACUUUCAUCAGACGCCGCAACGCAAAGCCGAGCCGGAGAAGAUGACGCUGAAGAAGAGCCGGCGGUGGCCAAGCCCUUUGUUCGAACGUCGAGCCCCGACUCCGCAGCGCGUGCAGCAGAUGCCUAUGACGAGAAGGGCCUUGACCGACUGGAUCGCAAGAUGCACAAAUUCAGCCUGUACGAGACGGCUACUCGCUAUUACAUUGUCGGCGGCGACGUGACCGAGCGCCGAUACCGGAUUCUCAAGAUUGAAAGGACAACUGAUGACUCGGAGUUGAGCCUUACCGACGACAAGAUCAUUUACAGCCAAAAGGAGAUGAAUCAGUUGCUGGACACAAUUGACGACGGCAACAAGGGGACGGGUGGGAUCAAGCUGCGCUGUACGGCCUGGGGCCUGCUAGGCUUCAUCAAAUUCACGGGCCCUUACUACAUGCUUCUGAUCACGAAGAAAAGUACGGUGGCAAUGAUCGGAGGGCACUACAUUUACCAAGUUGAUGGCACUGAGUUAGUGCCGUUGACACCAAAUCGAUUCAAGGCCGACGUCAGAAACACCGAGGAGUCUCGCUUCCUCGGCAUUCUCAACAAUCUAGACUUGACUCGAUCCUUUUAUUACAGUUAUUCUUACGACAUCACACGCACACUCCAGCAUAAUCUUACGCGGGAGCGCGAGGCGCUUGCUCGUGGACUUCCGGGGGCCAUGGAUGACUUUAAUGGCAUGUUCGUAUGGAACAGUCAUCUCCUGCAGCCGGCAAUGAAUGCCCUCAAAGAUCCCUUUGACUGGUGCCACCCCAUCAUCCACGGCUACAUUGAUCAGGCUGCUCUAUCCAUAUACGGCCGUACUGCCUACAUCACCAUCAUUGCCCGGCGAUCCCGCUUCUUUGCCGGUGCUAGGUUCCUCAAACGCGGAGCCAACGAUUUGGGUUACGUAGCCAAUGACGUCGAAACAGAACAGAUAGUUUCAGAGGCCUUAACUACUUCAUUUCACGCCCCUGGACCAAUACUCUUUUCAAGCCCGCAGUAUACCUCGUAUGUUCAGCAUAGGGGCAGUAUCCCGCUCUACUGGACACAGGACAACACAGGCGUGACCCCGAAACCGCCAAUCGAGCUCAAUUUGGUCGACCCGUUUUACAGCGCGGCCGCCCUUCAUUUCGACAACCUCUUCGAGCGCUACGGCGCCCCUAUCUACGUACUCAAUCUGGUCAAGGCCAGAGAAAGGACGCCGCGUGAGUCCAAGUUGUUGCUCGAAUACACCAAUGCCAUCAAUUAUCUGAACCAGUUCCUACCCGAGGGGCGCAAGAUCAUCCACAAGGCCUGGGAUAUGAGUCGAGCGGCAAAGAGUCGUGAUCAGGAUGUUAUAGGUACUCUGGAGCGAAUCGCCGAGGAUGUUGUCACAACCACAGGAUUUUUCCACGAUGGCGACGGCAAGGUGCACCCGACAAGUGUACAGAAUGGCGUGGCCCGGACAAACUGCAUUGACUGCCUGGAUCGCACCAAUGCGGCGCAAUUUGUCAUUGGCAAAAGGGCCCUUGGGCAUCAGCUACACGCGCUCGGCAUCCUUGAAGAUACGUCUAUCAACUACGACACGGAUGCUGUUAACCUCUUUACACAUAUGUACCAUGACCAUGGCGACACAAUUGCUGUACAGUACGGUGGCUCUCAGUUGGUCAACACCAUGGAGACCUACCGCAAAAUCAACCAGUGGACAAGUCAUUCGCGGGACAUGAUAGAGAGUUUCAAAAGAUACUACAACAACUCUUUCCUCGAUGGUCAGCGGCAGGAGGCAUACAACCUGUUCCUUGGCAACUAUAUCUUUGCCCAGGGGCAGCCAAUGUUGUGGGACCUGGCGACGGACUACUACCUUCAUCACGCGGACCCGCGAGCUUGGUCGGAGAAAACGAAACGUAACUACAUCAACUGGUACACGACGGAAAACCUGAAAUUAAGGAGGUUCCCAACGUACAGCCAGCCUCCUGGCGAAGUCAGAAAAAUGCCCGUGUCUUUCUUUGACGACUACUGGGUUGAAUACUAUCGACCCUCCACGCUCUCAUCGUUCCUAAAGAUGUUUCCCUACAAGAUGAACUCGACCAUCAAGUACAUACCCUUCAAGUCCACGCAGGAUGGUCGCUAUGAUCUGAGCCCCUUCAGGAUCCGUAACGAAACUGAUCUGGACGCCCACGAGAAGAAGAAGCCGAAGAAGGAGGUGAUUAUUGUCGAUCCGCAGGAUCUGAAGUCUCCUCGGGAUACGGACGCUGCGUCCGUCCUGUCAGACCGCACCACGGGUGGCAAGGGAAUCUCUAUACAUCGCUGGCUCCAGCCCAUGCAGGACAGAGUGACGGGACACCAUGGGAUCAUGAAAGAAACCCAUACUGAACCGCAAGGGUCGCCCAAGGUCAAGCCUACAGCCCAGGAAAAGACAAAGGCAGCCCAGUGGACGUUCACCAAGGCCGUCAAUGAGUCUCUCAAUCCAUCCGUCAGUCAACAAGAGGCCGAGGAUUACGAACGCUACAUCAGCCAUCCCCAAAACCUACCUUUGGUUGUGUCGGCCGAGGUCCAGGCGGAGAAUCAGUCCGAGUAUCAACAUUAUGUCCAGAGCAGCUGGCAGAGCGAUGCCCUCGCCCCCGUUGGUGCCGAAGAGGAUGUCGCUGUGUACGCCGAGCUCCUCAAAGUUGGUAGUAACCCCCUUACCGUCACCGAGGAAGAUGCUCAGAAGAAACGGUACAAAGCUUAUAGGAAGUGGCUACGUGGCAAGUCCUUCUUCAAGCAGCAGCCACUCGACUGA